UCGGAGCCAGGCGCUUAGUCCGCACGCCGCAGCCGAUAGCGCGGCCGCGCGCUGCUCGCGUCAGUUGAACGAACAACCGCGUAAAAAUACGAUCACGGUGUUAAGGAUACUGUUUAAAAUCGCGAGUGUUUAAGUGUUAAAAUGCGGCGGAACGUGAAGAUUGUUUUCGGUCUGGGCGCUGCCUGGAUGUUCGCCCUGUUCUAUUACAUGCAGCCUGAUACGACACAAACUAAGGAAGAAAAUAUAGCACUUCGACUCAUAAAACAGCACUCAGAUAUAGAGGAGCCUGAGAGCAGCCCCGCUUCUCCCGAGGAGUACACGGGGAGCACAGGGAAGUACUUCGACGAAGCGGGAUAUGUCGCGGGAGGUGCGAAGGACAACGACCCCUACGUGCGGAAUCGAUUCAAUCAGGCUGCGUCUGACAACUUAUCCAGUAACCGCGCCGUUCCAGACACGAGGAACGCCAUGUGCCGACUAAAAAAAUACGAUGAAGAUCUGCCCGAAACCAGUGUUAUCAUAACCUUCCACAACGAAGCGCGGUCCACGCUCCUACGCACCAUCGUUAGUGUGCUGAACAGAAGUCCGGAACAUUUGAUAAAAGAAAUUAUCCUCGUCGACGACUUCAGCGAUAAUCCCGAGGACGGCGCUGCACUGCGGGCGAUACGCAAAGUCCACGUAAUACGAAACUCCAAACGGGAAGGUCUCAUGAGAUCUCGAGUUCGAGGCGCUGAUGCUGCAACCGCACCAGUUCUCACCUUCCUCGAUUCUCAUGUAGAGUGCAAUGUACACUGGCUGGAACCACUGUUGCAGAGAAUUAAAGAGGACCCAACACGCGUGGUAUGUCCAGUCAUCGACGUAAUCAGCAUGGACACUUUCCAGUAUAUCGGCGCGUCGGCGGACCUGCGGGGAGGUUUCGAUUGGAACUUGGUGUUCAAGUGGGAAUAUCUAUCACAUGCGGAACGAAGCACGCGUCUCAGUGAUCCAACGCAAGUCAUAAGAACACCGAUGAUAGCUGGAGGACUCUUCAGUAUGGAUAGAAAAUAUUUCAACAAGCUCGGCAAAUACGACAUGAGAAUGGAUGUGUGGGGCGGUGAGAACUUGGAGAUUUCGUUUAGGGUAUGGCAGUGUGGCGGGUCACUAGAAAUAGUACCUUGCUCACGCGUCGGUCACGUAUUCCGCAAACGCCACCCAUACACUUUCCCUGGCGGCUCGGGGGCUGUAUUCGCUAGGAACACUAGACGAGCAGCUGAAGUCUGGAUGGAUGACUACAAGGAACUGUAUUAUCGAUCACAACCUCUCGCCAAACAAGUUGAUUAUGGAGAUAUAUCAGAACGUGUCGCCAUUCGUGAGAAGUUACACUGCAAACCAUUCAGCUGGUAUCUAGAACAUGUAUAUCCAGAACUUCAAGUUCCUGCGUUAGGAGGUGCGUCUUACGCCAUCAGACAGGGACCAAGAUGCUUGGAUACAAUGGGUCAUCUUGUUGACGGCACUUUGGGGAUGUACCCCUGCCACAACACCGGUGGCAACCAAGAGUGGCGUUUCGAAAACGGUCUCAUCCGGCACCACAGCCUCUGCAUCUCUCUGUCACCGGAUGACAGAGUGACGGCCAUCCUAGCGGCUUGUGACCCGUCCGAUGACGCUCAGCUGUGGCGGAGGCGCGGCCUCCUCAUCAGGCACGCGAAACUGGACGCGUGUUUGGACUCAGACCGAGCGGCACUUUAUUUAAAACAGUGUGAUGACGAAAAAUUAAGUCAACAGUUUACCUUUUAAAAGUAAAAAUAAACCUUAGGGUGCGUUUAUAAUGAAAUACUUGGAAAUUUCUGUUAGCAACUGUUUGUAAUUCUUCAGAAAAUCACCAAUAACUAUCAUUACUGUAUUUUUUUAAUUGUAUUAUAUUACAACAAAGUAGGCACCUCUUUGUGGAUAUCACAAAGUUGCCCAUGUUCCUUUAGUAGAGACGCAGCUUAUUAUAAUUAGGAAAAGUUGAUUUAGUUUUCGCGUCUUUAAGUUACACAUAAAAAGAAGUAUUAAUGAAAAAAAGAAAAACGGUGAAAUUACAUAAAAAUCUUUUGAUCAGUAUUUAUUUCUGUCUGUAAACUUUAUAUGCAAAGUCUUAAACAAAUAAAUAAUAGUGCCUUGGAUAUAUAAUUCGUGAUCAAGUGCCACACUCACUAGCAUUACUAUACAUAUGAAAAAUAUAUUACCUAACUUUUAAUUUUCAGAAGUAAGAUAAAAAACCAGUUUAAUUUUUCUCUUUGCAAAAAAAAAAACAUUCCAUGAAUGUAUUCGAAUUAUUUUUAUAAGCGUUCAGUUAAGUGAUAUAUAGUUUUAAGUUUUAAUUUUUUAUAUACAACAUUACAUAAUUUUCAUUCUCACUGAUUAUAUCAAAUGUAUAUUAUAUCUACAAGUAACGAUUCCGUAUUUGCGUCAGGUUACU